GGAGAGUGAAGCAUCACCCGUGCGUCCUCACCAACUUCUCAGUGCGCCUUAGGAUGGGAUUCAGUAGUUCACCGUCCAGACUUCAGAACUGAACAAUACUAGGACUUCACGCUUACACCCUGCAAAGACAGAUAAAAUCUCAGAGCAUGGGUUGGAAAAGUGUCUACUGGAUAUUAAUGUCGGUUGUGUUGUGGGUAACUACUGUGGCUGGAGCAGAUCCUGAAGCUGAACCAACCACAGACUUUUCUCUCGCUCCUGCUAUGGGGGUGAUGGAGGUAGAGCGCCAGAUCAUGACAGAAUCUCAGUAUAAAUGUCUGGAUCUGUUGAGCAGGGAUGGGAUCCGCAAUAAAACAGCCUCCCAUUGUAGCCGUUUUUGGGAUGGCUGGCUGUGCUGGGAUGAAACUCCUGCUGGGACCUAUGCUUCUCAGAACUGUCCAGACUACCCCACCUUUGACAUCUCAGAAAAAAUAACCAAAUUUUGUGAUGAAUCUGCCAAUUGGGCUCAUGGCACACCAAUAAAUAAUACAUGGUCUCAGUGUCACAGCAUCUCAAAGGACAAAUUGAAGAAAGGGUCUGUUUAUGGUGAACUGGAGCCAGAAGCUGAUACCACAGCAGAAACUCUGGUCAGUCCUCUGGAAGCUCAGAAAGCAGAGACCAGGAAGAAAAUCAUUGAUGGUCAAUAUAAAUGCUUUGAGAAAAUGAACAGAGACCCACCAUAUAACAAGUCAGGUCUGUACUGUAACCGGACUUGGGAUGGGUGGCUGUGUUGGGAUGAUACACCUGCAGGAAUAUACACAUCUCAAAACUGCCCUAACUACUUCCCUGACUUUGACCCCACAGAAAAGGCCUUAAAAUAUUGUGAUGAGACCGGGAACUGGUUUCUACACCCAGAGACAAACAGGACAUGGUCCAACUACACCAUAUGCAAUGCCUACACUAAGGACAAGUUAAAGAGCGCAUACAUUUUGUACUACAUGGCAAUCGUGGGUCACGCUUUGUCCAUCGCCUCCCUCCUCAUCUCUCUGGGAAUAUUCUUUUACUUCAGGAGUCUGAGCUGCCAAAGGAUCACCUUGCACAAGAAUCUCUUCUGCUCUUAUGUGCUCAACUCAGCCUUCACUCUAAUCAACCUCACAUGUGUGGUCAACAACCCUAAAGUGGUGCAGAGGAACCCGGUUGGGUGUAAGGUGUUACAAUUUUUCCACAUGUACAUACUUGGCUGUAACUAUUUUUGGAUGCUGUGUGAGGGCAUCUAUCUGCACACUCUUAUCGUGGUGGCCGUUUUUGCUGAGGAGCAGCACCUUCACUGGUAUUACCUCUUAGGAUGGGGCUUUCCCCUGGUGCCUGCCUCCAUCCAUGCAGUGGCAAGAAAAAAGUAUUUUGAUGACAAUUGCUGGAUAAGCGUGGAGACCCAUCUGCUGUAUGUGGUUCAUGGGCCCAUUGUGGCAGCUUUAUUAGUGAACCUGUUCUUUCUGCUCAACAUUGUGCGGGUUUUGGUGCUGAAGCUAAAGGAUACCCAUCGCGCGGAGUCCAACAUGUAUAUGAAAGCAGUACGAGCCACUCUCAUUCUCGUGCCCUUGUUAGGAAUCCAAUUUGUCAUAUUUCCAUGGAGGCCAGAAAACCGCUUGGCUGGAGAAGUAUAUGACUAUAUCAUGCAUAUAUUACUUCAUUACCAGGGCUUGCUGGUGGCAACAAUAUUCUGUUUCUUCAAUGGAGAGGUCCAGGCUACACUGAAGAGGCAGUGGAUGCAGUACAAAGUGCAAUGGGGUCAGCGACGCCGUGAGCAUUGGUCCAUGCGGUCUACUUCCUACACCACCACGUCUAUCACGGAGGUGCCUGCUUUCAUGUUCCACUACGAUAACAACAGUGAACACUUGAAUGGCAGGCAUAUCGAUGACUCAGUAUGAACAUGGUCCAACCACCUACACCUGAGGCACAAAAUAUCAGAGAAAUUAUAUAAGAAACAUUUUUUUCAAAGAAUGCCAUAAGAAAGAAGGAAACCAAGGAAACUGGAGACUCUAUGAUUAGGAGAUCACAUGUACAGUCCUCGCAGAUUCUCCCAUCUCAGGGCGAAAAUCAUGACACAAAGUACAACCAUGUGUGUUGGCAGCACAUCUCUUGUUGAGACGCUUCCCGAAGUGUACACUAUUGUUCAAAAGUUUGGAAUCAACUGUUACAUAUUACAUGCAUUAUUUUAUUUACUUAAAAAAUAUAUUAGACACAGAAAUAUUUUAAGAGGUUUUAAAUAAUAAAUAUUUUGGGGGGGAACAGUGUUAUAACAUGAUACAUCAUAUACAGAAGUAUUUGUACACUAAAUUCUCAAAACUGGUUCUGUCAAAAGGUUUUGAUGCAUUUUCUAUAACAGCAGAUCCGACGUUAGUGCAAGCCUUAAUUCAAAUCACAGGAUUCCAUGAAUUCACCCAUUCAAACAAGCUAUCAUUUCUAUAAUAUCAACUCAUCCACAAGAUGUAGUUUCAUAAUUAUUAACUUGCUAUUUAACAAAGAAAAGGUUUCUAUAAUAAGAGAAUUAUUUUAAUAUUUACAGAAGGACUCUCCGAUGUCAGCACAGUAUUGACUAAUUGUCAGUAUGUUUUCUGCCAUAGCAGAUCCGAUCCUUCAUCACAGAGUAUUUCCUGAAUUCGUCACGUAAAACUUUGUAGCAUGAAAAGCUGUGUUUUUUUGUUGUUAAUUUAAAGAAAGAGGAAGAAAGGCUGGUCAGGGAAUUAGCGUUUAUUGCUGCUAUUAUGUAAGUCGUAACAGAAAGUUGGACAGAAACACAUUCAACAACAUUAAAUAUAACCAUCCACAAAUAUGUCAUUCUGUACAAAACAAAACAAUUGUAAUGGUUAGAAGAUCGCUGUGAUAUAUGAGGAAUAAAACUCAUCUAGACAUGAAGUUAUCGGGAAACAAUCAACUUCAGGGUUACACUUGUCAGGCCAAUGUCAGACCACUUCACCCCACCCCACUGAUCAUUGAAUAUUUUCCUAUAAUGAAAUGCCCUAUCAGCUAUUAUUCCUUACAUGAUCAUUCCUCCCUGAGCGUUCUAUAUCACAGAUUUUCUAAAUAUUAAGCUAUUUCUUGGUUGAAUGUCCAUCAUUUUUGAUAUUCUAUUAUUUUACUAUGUAUUCUGCAGAUUUUUGUUAUAACAUUGUCAAUGCCAUUUGGAUGAAUGUCUUAGAGCAUGUCUACAUUUCAAUAUGUCUUUUUUUCUCUACAAAUUCAUUGAAACUUAUUAAACUAUAGAGCAGAUGAUUUUUAUAUUACUGAAAGUAUUAAUUCCAAAUUUUUGAAUAGUACUGUACAGUGUGUGUAUGAUUUCUCUACAGUUCUGCUGCUUAAAACAGGCAAAAACUGAGGUGGCAUUUCUGAAGAAUGUGACAGAUUUUCAGCUGCUAAUCCCUCUAAGAACUUUCUUUUUGCCUUCACUCACAAACACAAACAUUGCUUCAUUAAAACCAAAGGGUGUGCUGGUUUGCUGGAUGUGAAAAGAAACUGAACGAAUAAGAUGAUUCUCCAGAGGAUACGGGCCAUUCGGUGACUGACUUUUUAGCAAAUACAGAAAGAUUCCUUUGUGCCUAUGUUCUGGAUUCCUGUAUACAAACACAACAGGUUGAAUUAUAAAGUGUCAAAGUAUGUGACAAGGAGUUUUAUUUUUCUGAUGGGGUUAUUUGCAGCUCUUACGUCUGUGUUGUGAGAUCUCUGACUUUCCUGUUUGUAGCAGCUGUGCUUUUUGCUGUCAAGAGAGAAAAAAGAAGAAAUUACUUUUAGUAGUGUUUUGAAGUUGAUAUGUACAUGGUAUGUAUAUGUACAGAGUGCAAAUGCAUUCUAAAAAAACACACAACACUGAAAGUCUAAAUGAGUAUGUGGUCAAAGAAAGCUAUUUGAGUUUUUCAUGUUUAAGGAUGUACUCUGUUCGAUCAAGUCGAAUUUUUUUCCAAAAGCUCCAUCUGCUUUGAAAACGAAGCUCAGUUAAUAACAAACAGUAUGUUAUUUGUAUGUUUCACAAAAAAGAUCCACAUAGAACAUGCGCUGUUGGAAAAUAAAUAAGUCCAGCUACAAUCUGUUUAACUUAGUUUAUCACAAAUGAAUGUUGUUGAUUUCAUCUGACUUGGAAGUGUACUUCUUUUUUUUUUUUUUGAGUGAAAAUUUGCUUGUACAGAAUAUGUGCAUUGUGUUCUUGUGUUUGGAGAGUUUGAAACACUCUUGACGGGUCAAUUUUCUUUGUGAAUUCUGUCAGUAUACUGGACUUGAUAUUUACCAUGUAAAUGUUCAUUGCUUAACAUGAUGUUGGUGUAUCAUGGUGUACAUUCUGCCAGCAAAACAUGAUGCUUGUUUAAAGCACAUUAUUAUAAAGCUAACGUUUUCUCAGAUA